UCUUGAUCGCACAAUAAUGUCUGUUCUAUGUUUGAUCAAAUGAAACAAACAAUCAGCAAAUGUCGUCUAACCCAUUUGCCUUUUUUGGUAUUUUUAUUUUUGGUCAAAUCAUAUGCUGCUCUCAUGCCAUCUGCAUCACCCUUGAGAAAUACUUUAUUGAUUCUUAUUCGACAGCAAAAAGCAGAGGCCUACAGGAUGUACUCCUUCAAGGUCGACCAAUUUCACCAGUUUGGAGUCCUGCUGAAGCGCUGUUGGCUUUCAGUUUUCCGCAACAAGGUGGCAACGCCUCUGCGGCUCGUGGCGUACGUUGGCUUCGCGGUAUUCAUGGUGAUACUCUACUACGACAUAGGCAGCAAGGCAAGCACGGUGACCAACAAUGUCACCAUGUUUUUCGCCAUUUCCUGCAUCUGCCUUUUCCAGUCAGUCCUGCCCGCCGCCAUUGUAUUUCCGGUGGAAGUAUUAGUCUUGGCACGAGAACAAAGAAACUGCUGGUACAGCCUUCACGUUUACUAUCUGGCAAACUAUAUUGCCGAGGUUCCUUUUCUGGUCAUCCCCAUAGGUCUGUUGGUCGGCAUCGUCUACUACCCGACGGGGCAGCCCAUGGUGCUCUGGCGCUUUGCUAGCCUGAUGCUGUUCAGCGUACAGAUCGGCUCCGUGUCGCAGGCCAUUGCUCUCAUCGUGUCGGCAGUCUCCAGUCUUCAGACCGCAGUGUUCAUGGUCCUGCCAGUGGUGUCCCCGGCCUAUUUCUUCUGCGGCUUCUUCGUGCAGGCGCACCUGCUCAGCCCGUACAUACGGUGGAUGACAGACGUGUCGUACCUGUAUUACGGGUACAACGGCUUACUCCUGUCGAUAUACGGCUACGGCCGCGAACGCCUCAAGUGCGACGAGUUCCUCUGCCUCUACGAGGACCCCGCGCACUUCCUGGAGCUCGCCGGCGCUGCGGACAAGAAGAUACACGUGUUGAGUGUCGUUCUGCUCGCGUUUGAGCUGGCAGCCAGGCUGAUAGCUUUUGCCCUGCUCAAAAUGAGGCUCUCCAGGAAGGAGUGAAAGCUCGACCGGGGCAGGCUUCUCGCGAACUAUGGACCUGUGUGUAUGUGUGCGCGCGCGCGUUGUGAGCGGGUGCCAGACUUUUUCGAGUUAUUCAGCCACCGAGUGAGUAAAAAAUGGGCGACUGUGCCUAACUUUUGUCCCUGCGUAUCACCCAAUCUGCGGGACCACAUCAGGCCUAUAGUAUCGAGUUUAAGGGUGUCGGUACCUGGGAUGUAGAGAAUAAAAAAAAUUAUAUUUCCUUAUCGACACUUCACUCAGAGCCUCGCGAUCGAACUUCCAAGUGUCGCUAGCACUGUUUAUUACGUGGACUGUGUUUUUAGUAAACCGCAGGGUUGCGUAUUUCAGUUCUCACCCCUAAAGUUCUUGCGCAGUAGUCCUUUCCGAUCGCUCACCUGUGUCACUAUAUUGACAUCUAGGGCUGGCUUGUUUUCUUUAUGAAGUAUACUAAUAUAUGCUACUCACCGAGUAAUACAGUAGACGGCCUCUGACAGAACGCGAAUCGUUCAGGGUGAUCGAAUAAGGGCUGCACAGCGUGGCAUGGAGGAUCGGUACCAGUGAAUGCAAAAUUAAGCG